CGCUCCUGCUCCGGCUCCUCCAUCUUGGCCUCGGCAGUGGCGGCUGCCGGGAGGAUGUGCCGCCUUCUGGCAGGGGGAAGGAGGAGAAGAUGAAGAAGUACCGGCGGGCCUUGGCCCUGGUCUCCUGCCUGUCUCUGUGCUCUCUGGUCUGGCUUCCCAGUUGGCGUGUAUGUUGUAAAGAGAGUUCUUCAGCUUCAUCAUAUUACUCUCAAGAUGACAAUUGUGCACUAGAAAAUGAAGAUGUACAAUUCCAGAAAAAGGAUGAAAGAGAGGGACCUAUCAAUGCUGAAUUAUUGGAAAAAGUGGGUUCAAACUUACCUAUUCCCCCAGAAGAACAUAAAUUAAAAGAUGACUAUGCUGUGGAUGUACAAAAUACAGAGUUAAAAAAGUUCAGUCCAUCUGUGACUGAGACACUCCCUCCAGUUGAUCUACAUGAAGAUUCUUCCAGUGUAAUUGUGGGCAGUGAAAACAUUGAAAAUAUUUCCAGCUCAUCUACCUCAGAGAUCACUCCAAUCUCAAAGCUUGAUGAAAUAGAAAAAUCUGGUACUAUUGCUGUAACCAAGCCAAGUGAAACUGAGCAGUCUGAAACUGAUUGUGAUGUUGGUGAGGUUCUUGAUGAGAAUGCUCCAGUUGACCAGCCUUCCUUUGUUAGUCCUCCUGAAAGCCUUGUUGGCCAGCAUAUAGAAAAUGUGUCAUCUUCACAUGGCAAAGGAAAAAUAACAAAAUCAGAAUUUGAAUCAAAGGUUUCAGCAAGUGAUCAGGGGAGUGGUGAUCCAAAGUCUGCAUUGAAUGCUUCAGAUAACUUAAAAAAUGAGAGUUCUGAUUAUACAAAAUCAGGGGAAAUUGACCAUACUUCUGUAACAAGUCCCAAAGACCCAGAAGAUAUACCAACAUUUGAUGAAUGGAAGAAGAAAGUUAUGGAAGUAGAAAAAGAAAAAAGUCAGUCAAUGCACCCAUCUUCUAAUGGAGGUCUACAUGCGACAAAAAAAGUCCAGAAAAAUCGAAAUAAUUAUGCCUCAGUAGAAUGUGGUGCCAAAAUUUUGGCAGCUAAUCCAGAAGCCAAGAGCACAUCUGCUAUUCUUAUAGAAAAUAUGGAUCUUUAUAUGUUGAAUCCUUGCAGCACUAAAAUUUGGUUUGUUAUUGAACUUUGUGAACCAAUUCAAGUAAAACAGCUUGAUAUUGCAAAUUAUGAAUUAUUUUCUUCUACUCCGAAAGACUUUCUGGUUUCUAUCAGUGACAGAUAUCCCACAAACAAGUGGAUUAAGCUGGGUACUUUCCAUGGUAGAGAUGAGAGGAAUGUCCAGAGUUUCCCUUUAGAUGAACAGAUGUAUGCAAAAUAUGUGAAGAUGUUCAUCAAGUACAUAAAGGUGGAGUUGGUAUCACAUUUUGGAUCAGAGCACUUUUGUCCAUUAAGCCUUAUAAGGGUAUUUGGCACCAGCAUGGUAGAAGAGUAUGAAGAGAUUGCUGAUUCCCAGUAUCAGUCAGAACGUCAAGAACUCUUUGAUGAAGACUAUGAUUAUCCACUGGAUUAUAAUACUGGGGAGGAUAAAUCCUCAAAAAAUCUUUUUGGUUCUGCUACAAGAAAUAAAAGUUUAUCUGAGAAUGCCACUGCCACAGCUGCACCUAAAAUGCCCGACUUAGCUCCUGUUUCAACUCCUGUUCCACCACCUGAGUUUAUAACCACUGAAGGACACAUACAUGAUACAGAGCUGUCGUCACCAGAUACUCCAAAAGAGAGCCCCAUUGUACAGCUAGUUCAAGAGGAAGAAGAGGAGGCAAGUCCAUCUACAGUGACCCUUCUGGGUAGUGGUGAACAGGAGGAUGAAUCAUCACCCUGGUUUGAGUCAGAGACACAAAUAUUUUGCAGUGAACUGACCACAAUUUGUUGUAUUUCUAGUUUUUCGGAAUACAUAUAUAAAUGGUGUUCAGUCCGAGUUGCUCUUUAUCGGCAACGUAGCAGAACUGCUGUGAAAAAAGAAAAAGAUCAUCUUGUGUCAGCGCAACCACCACUGCUGCUUCCUGAAGAAUCAGUGGAUGUUUCAGUCUUGCCACCUCCAAGUGGAGAAAUGGACAGUAAGAGUAAGGAAAAGGAAGCUGAAAUGAUUGUUCCAGGUGACUUAAGUAGUCUGCACAAAGGUGAUUUGAUUAAUCACAGUGCAGAUGCAAUUGAGCUUGAACCAAGCCAUCCUCAAACUGUUUCUCAGUCUCUUCUCUUAGAUGUUACCCCAGAAAUCAAUUCAUUAUCUAAAAUAGAAGUAUCUGAGCCUGUUAAAUUUGAGGCAGGUCCUACACCGUCUCAAGUGAUCCCCCUAGAGAGUUCUGUUGAGCUUGAUAAUGAAACAGAAAAAAAGUCUGAGAGUUAUAGUUCUGUAGAAAAGCCAACUGUGAUCUAUGAAACAAAUAAACUUCAUGAAGUAAUGGAUAACAUUGUAAAAGAAGAUAAAAACUCCAUGCACAUUACCACAAAGCUAUCUGAAACAAUAGUGCCACCUGUAAACACAGCUACUAUGCCAGACAGUGAAGAUGGGGAAGCCAAAAUGAACAUAGCUGACACACCAAAGCAAAUUUUGACUCCUGUUACGGAUUCUUCUUCAUUACCUGAAGUGAAAGAGGAAGAACAGUCUCCGGAAGAUGCCCUUUUAAGAGGGUUACAGAGGACAGCUACAGACUUUUAUGCUGAAUUGCAAAAUUCCACAGAUCUAGGAUACACUAAUGGAAAUCUUGUACAUGGAUCAAACCAAAAGGAGUCAGUAUUUAUGAGACUUAAUAAUCGUAUAAAAGCCUUAGAAGUUAACAUGUCUCUCAGUGGUCGCUAUCUGGAGGAGCUUAGCCAAAGGUAUCGAAAACAAAUGGAAGAAAUGCAGAAGGCUUUCAAUAAAACAAUAGUAAAACUUCAGAAUACUUCAAGAAUAGCAGAGGAGCAGGAUCAGAGGCAAACGGAAGCCAUCCAGUUACUACAGGCACAGUUGACCAAUAUGACACAGCUUGUUUCAAACCUAUCGACAACAGUAGCAGAAUUACAACGUGAGGUUUCAGAUCGACAAAGCUAUCUUGUCAUAUCUUUGGUUCUUUGUGUUAUCUUGGGACUGAUGCUUUGUAUGCAGCGCUGUCGAAACAGCUCUCAAUUUGAUGGAGAUUAUAUUUCAAAACUUCCUAAAAGUAAUCAGUAUCCAAGCCCUAAAAGGUGUUUCUCUUCCUAUGAUGAUAUGAAUUUGAAAAGGAGAACCUCAUUCCCACUCAUCAGAUCCAAGUCUCUACAGUUAACUGGCAAAGAAGUAGACCCAAAUGAUUUGUACAUCGUAGAACCCCUCAAGUUCUCUCCAGAAAAAAAGAAGAAACGCUGCAAAUACAAAACUGAAAAAAUUGAAACCAUAAAGCCGGCAGAUCCACUGCACCCGAUAGCUAAUGGAGACCUAAAAGGAAGGAAGCCCUUUAUGAACCAGAGAGAUUUUUCUACUAUGGGAGAAGUUUAUCACUCUUCUUACAAGGGCCCUCCAUCUGAAGGGAGCUCAGAAACAUCAUCACAGUCUGAAGAGUCUUAUUUUUGUGGCAUUUCAGCGUGCACAAGUCUGUGCAAUGGACAGUCCCAAAAGACAAAAACUGAGAAGAGGGCUUUAAAACGAAGGCGAUCUAAAGUCCAAGACCAAGGAAAACUGAUAAAAACUCUAAUACAGACUAAGUCAGGAUCAUUGCCGAGCCUGCAUGACAUAAUCAAAGGAAACAAAGAGAUCACUGUGGGAACAUUUGGUGUCACAGCAGUCUCAGGACAUAUCUAAAAUGAAGAGAACUUUUCAUACUGGAGACUUUUUUGUUGUUCUUUGAAGAACAAUCUGUGGUAUUUGAAGGGUUUGGGGGAGGGAGAAAAUACUAAUGGGAAAAGUAUUCAGAAAUUAUGGUUUCUGCCUUUUUAAAACAGUAGGUGGGAUUGUGUCAAUCUUGGUUAAUGAGCUGCAGUUUUACAAGGCUGAUCACUUCCUACAAGGACAAUGGUAGACGUUUUAUAAAGAUGUUUUUUCACAGAUUAAUUACUGGGACAAACAUAAUUUGGAAGCCCAGUUCCUUUGGGUGGGAUAGGAAUGAAAGCCUAAACCUCUUCCUUUAGCUUUGUUCCUAUUUCUUGCACCUUCCCAUAUUUAUGUGCCUUUCGUCUAUUUAAAACGCCACUGGAAGAGGAGGGAGAACUUUUUCUGUCAUUUGAUUUCUUUUAUAACUUUGUUAGUUUUUUGAAGCUGCAAACACUACAAGGCUUUAAGGUGAUCUGCGCCUGAAGUUCAGUAAUGUGGGUCAGACAGUGGAAAGUCCUACAGACUUGCCAACUAGACUUCUGUUUAACAAACUCACUGGAAACAAAAAAUUUGCUGGAAUUUUUAAGUCUAUCCUUUUAGACAUUUUCAUUUAACUUAAUCACACUAGUUUUUCUCUGGUUACUAAAUGAGAAAAAAGUCUACAAGAUCUUUUCUUGCAAAUGACUGGUACUUGCAAAUAAAUUUUUUGUAAAUUCACCUUUUAGACACAUUUCACCAUUUGUAAAAGAUUUCUUUAGCUACAUUACAUUUUUCAACAUUCACAGUAAGCACUAAUCCUCCAGACCUCCAGGUUCGUGUUUCCUGUUACUGCAAAUGGAGCAUUUGAAGGUUUGUCAGAUGAGCCCAGGUCUCAUACGGUAUAAUCACUGCCUACAUACCUGUACCCGGAACCAGCUAGUGAGUUUGUUGAGCCUUGUCUAAUUGGUCAAGUCUAAGGGAUUAUUAUUCCUUGAUGUUUGCUUUGUAUUGGCUACAGAUGUGCAGAGGUAUACGUGUGUGAUGUCAAUGUGUCUGUCUUCAUUUUGUCUUUUUUUCUUUAAAAAUAAUUGGCAGCGACUGUAUUUGAAUAAAAUGAUUUCUUAUUGUGUGUUUGUACAGUAAUGAGUGAAAGUGGAAAGUUUCUUUUUGAAAGGGAGAGAAUUGACCAUUUUGUGUUGUAAGAUUUAAGUUAUAACUUAUUGAGCACUUUUAGUAAUAACUGUUUUUAAACUUGUCUAAUACCUUUCUGGGGGUAUUGUUUGUAAUGUGACCUAUUUAAAGCCUUUUUUGUUUGUUUAAGUUGCUGCUUUUAGGUUAACAGUAUGUUUUAGAUGACUUAAUUUUUUUUCCAGUCUGUACAAUUAGCCAUUCAGAGCAAGAGGGCCUGAUUGUAUAGAAACUCACUGAAAAGAGGUCCAGAUGAGAGCAGAGCAAGAGCGGGAAGUUCCACAAUCUGUGCAGUAACCCAGUGUUGUGGAAAGAUGAAUUUCAAUAUGUAACUACAGAGCUGUAGUGCCAUUAGAAACUGUGAAUUUCCAAAUAAAUCUGAACACUUGUCUUUAUUAA